AUGUCAUCAAUCAAGAUUGCUUGUGGUCAACUAUGUUCGUCUUCUAAUUUGCUCCAUAAUGCAAGAGUUGUCAAGAAAUUGAUCCAUAAGGCUGUCAAAGAGAAUGUGAAAGUGUUGUUCUUACCUGAAGCAUCAGACUAUAUCUCAAGAGAUGCCAAACACUCUAUGCAACUUGCACAAUCUGUCCACAAAAACUUUAUAUCUUUAGUUCAAACUGAAAUUAGAUCUAUUUAUCUAAAGUCAUCUGGUGACACUGAUGAUAAGGGAUUAUUUGUGGCAGUAGGAGUACACGAGCCUUCGCAAUCUCAGAGUCCUACUGGAGAUUUGAAAAAGGUCCGAAAUAAUCAAUUGUGGAUCGAUAAUAAAGGUGAGAUACUUCAGACAUACCAAAAGAUUCAUCUUUUUGACGUCAAUAUUAAGGAUGGGCCCAUCUUAAAAGAGUCAAAUUCAGUAGAACCAGGAAAUUCGGUUUUGAAACCUUUCCAAGUCAACAGUACUUCAUAUGCUAACUUCAGCAUUGGAUUUGCAAUUUGCUAUGAUAUCAGAUUUCCAGAAUUAGGUAUUAAACUUAGAAAACUAGGUGCAAAUAUAAUAACUUAUCCCUCUGCGUUCACCGUCAAGACUGGGGAGAGUCACUGGAAGGAACUAGGGAAGGCUAGAGCACUUGACACACAAUGUUAUGUCGUUAUGGCGGCACAAUGUGGAGAACAUGAUACUGCCGCUGAUUUGGAAACCCCACCAGAACAACUCAAAAAAAGAGUAAGCUAUGGAGAAUCUAUCAUAAUAAGUCCAUGGGGUGAGGUUUUGUCGGAAUGCAAAAAAUAUUCGGACACUUUAGAGCUUGACGAAGAAGGCGAUUACUAUGAGCUAUGCUUUGCUGAUUUAGAUCUAGACUCUCUCGAUGCAAUUAGGACAAAUAUGCCAUUGCUUGAGCAUAGAAGAGAAGAUAUAUUUGGAGAGAUGUAA